UCUAUAUCGCGGCAAAGUAACAACCAGCCAGGGUGUGUCGCGCUGCUCAAAGAUGAUGGAAGAUGACAUUUCACCUCCCCUGGGCGGAGCUUCUUUUUUGCCGACUUUGAUUGCGUUGCACUGCUGCAGCAGUUGCCAUUACAAAACGCUCCACUUUGGAAUCCUUGAAAUAAACCACGAUACGAUGAUUUCAUUUCUGUGUUACUCUUAAUCCGUUUCUGUGAUGCAGAUUAUACGAGCAAAAACAGAACGACAAUCAGAAUUUGAUGUCAUCUGUUCAAUCAUGGAUGGAUUAGAAAUUUAACGCCGCUGGAUGAAUAGAAUAAUUAGUCGAUGCGUGCUCAGUUUCCCAGUUAAACCCAUUCCGGAACCGGUUCAGAAUUCUGAAGUGUACAUAGUCAGUAUGGUUUCCAACUCAACAACCGAUUCCGCUUGUUGAAGUUGAGCUGGAAGUCAUACUGACUGGAUUCCGUAUCAAAUUCCGAACGGUUUGACCGGGUUAUACCGGAAAAUGAACGACAGGGCUAGCAGGAACGUGCUCGUCUAUAACAUUCAUCUAAACCAUGCCAUAAAGGUUACAUCAACCAAAGCCGAAUCUCAGUAGGCUGUUCACACCGAGCGACCUAAAAAGAAAUAUUCAACAAACUGACAGCUGCUUUUGGCGAAAAAAAAAUCAGCAGCCCCCGAACGGCAACCUGUGGCUAUUUUAUUUUGCCUGUCUGCGCGUAGUGUUAAUUUAUUAAGGCGCCCGAAUCAGCUGUUUGAGCUCCUGUGAUACCGUGAACCAGAACGCCAACUGCCGCCCAACCGCAGUUCCCAUGGCAGUUGGGAGCGGUUGUUUGGGAAAAUAAUUUACCACGGAAAAUUUUCACUUUUCAACCGUAUUCGGAAAGUUUACGACGGGUGUGUCCUUGUGCUUUACAAACCGUAACCUAAAAUGGACCAAAUUGUGGAGGAAAGUGGGGAGGACUCGCAGGCGCCAGAAUCCACCUUUGAAGAUGAUCUUAUUCCGAAGGAAAUCUCCGACGAGUUUUUCGAGGAGAUCUGUGCCAAAGCGAAUCUGACUGUGAAAGAUCUGCAGGGAAACCAGCAGUAUGCACUGGCCGAGGACUUUCAAAAAUUGCUGCUAACAAGUCAACAGCUUCGGCAGCAGUUGCAAGAUGAGCAGGAAAAGAUCGCAAAUAUGCAGGGUGAGGUAGCGGCCGCAGCUGGGAGGGUAGCGUUAGCUGUAUCGAUCUCUCAACGGGACCAGGAUACGAUACAGGUACUGCGAUCGGAGAUUCAAGAAGCCUGGAAACGGGCGGAUGCGGCUCAUACGCGAGAGCAGACCGCUCAGGAAGCGAUGAACCAGAUGAGAGAGAAGCUGGAGAAGUUGGCUGCCGAAUCGGACCGGCACGGGGAUAAGGAUGAUGAGGUGGGAGCUGCCAUGGGUAAACACAAGGAGAGUAUCCUGCGGGAGCGUGACCGUCUUUUCGCAGAAGUUGAGGAGUUGAACCGUCGGCUUCACACGCAACGGGUGUACACCGAGGAGCUGGAAGCUAAAUGCAGUGAUACGGAGGCGAAGGUUAAGGAACUGUACAAGGUGUUGGAUGAGACUUCGAACGAGGCGUUCCGUGACAAGCGUAUGUUGGAGAAUCUGCAGAUUCAACAUACGGAGCUGACGGCGGAACUGGCCGUUAUAACCGAUGAUGCCAGUCGCUUUAAGGCACAGGCUGAGGCAAGUCACAAAACUACGGUACAGCAGGGAAUGCAGAUGGCAGCGAUCAGGACGACGCUGGAGCGGCUUACGACGAGCAACAAUCUGCUGCAGGUGAAGCUGGCCAAGGCUCAGGGUGAUUUCGAGAAUAUGGUCCAGCUGAAGGAGAAGGUGACCAACGAACUGAACACCAAAGUUAACAUACUAAAGUUGAAGGAGGACGAGAACAACAAGUACCGAUUGGAGAAUGCUAAGUUGGCGAAGAGUAAGGAGCUGCUGCAGAAGAAAAUCCAGGCGGUUGAAAUGGCGAAGAGUGCGUUGGAUCAGGAGGUGGCGAAACACAAAAACACCAUCGUCACCUUCGAGAAGGAACGUGAUGUCACCAAGAAGGCCUUCGACCAUGCUAAAAAGCAGACGGACGCCGUCGUCCGGGAGCGCGAUCUAACCCGGAAGGAACUAACCAAAACCAACAAAACCAUAGCGGACCUGAUGGAUCAGAUCAUGCUGCUGGAGAAGCAGCAGAAAACGCUGGACAAUGAGAUCAAGGGACAUCAGGCGGCGGCCCAGAAGCAGAGCAUGCUGAUGAUGAAGAUCGAGAAAGAUCGGGACCGCAAUGCGGAGGAGGUGCAGAAUCUAAGCGACAAGCUGGAGCAGAUGAACGAGGAUCUACUGUACCGACAGAAUCAGAUCGUCGAGCUUCGGGAGAAGUUGAAGGAAACCGAAUCGAAGCUGUUCCAGUGUCAGAACUCGCUGGAGUCGACCAGAAGCGAGAGGAACAUUUUCGAGCGUGACUUGGGAACUUGUAUGAAGGAGAAUGAUGGUCUGAAGGAUCGGCUGAAGACGUUGGUGCACUCGGUGGAUCAGUUGAAAGAUGAAAACACCAACAAGGUGGCAGAACUGUUCAAGGCAAACAAGACGAUCGAUAAGAUUGAGAAGGACAAACAAUCGCUGAAGACAGAGUUGCAGAACAUUUCGACUACUUUACAACAUACAAAAUCUGAAUUAAACGAAAAAAUGAUGGAGAAUGCUCGGUUGAACAAAACGCUGACGGAGGAUGCGGCAAGCAUGAUGCGACUGAAGAAGCAGCUCGAUGGAACCAUCAACGAAAAGGAUUUGAUUAAGAUGCAGCUUACCCAACGGGUGGACGAGAUUAACAAUCUGACGGAAAAACUCAACAUGCUGAAUAUGGCUUUGGAUCGGGGGGAGACUCAGUACAGGGAUCGCUUGGACGACAUACGGCUGUUGAAGAUUGAGAUCAGUAAUUUGCGUUCCCAGAGGAAUUUGCUGGCCCGAGGUUUGGCGAAUACGGCGGAUAUGCGGCAGGAGGUACUUCAACUGAAUAGAGUACUGAAUCAGGAACGCGUCAAGGCAAGGGCUUUGGAAGAUGAAAUGCUAACACCGAUGAACAUUCAUCGCUGGCGCAAGCUAAACGGAAAGGAUCCGGAAAAGAUGGAUCUGAUUGUGAAGGUGCAGACACUUCAGCGACGAGUUCUGUACCAGUCGGUCACGGUUUCGGAACAGGAAAAAACCAUCAAGCAAGCUGAUAAAGUUUACGGCGAGCUGAAGGAGGUGGUCGAAAAGUUACCCCACCAGAAGAUGAAGGAGCAACUGUGCGCGACGCAAAGAGCCCUCACGGCGAGAACUAAGAAAUUGAAGGCUCUCUCGGCGGAGAUUCGAAUCAAAGAAACCGACAGCAAGAGUCAAGAGUGUAUGGUGGAAGAACUGAAGAAGUCGCUGCUUGAGACGAAAAAAGAGCUGGUUAAUGAGAAACGAGAAAAGCAGAAACUUGCGGACUCGGUUCGUAAUGCUUUCAACCCUGGGGGCCGAUCACAGUCUCACCAGAGUAAGGUGAUUGUCAUCCAUCAGCGAAACAGUCAAAGCGGUGGAUAUCGCAUGUUAGGAUCUGGAUUCAAAGUCCUCUGCUAGUAGAUUCGAUCGGUGGUGAGUAGUAGCUAGUUAUAUAAGUUUCUUUGUUUUCCUGCGGUUAUCGCGAAAUAUUCUGGUGUGGACACGUGAAUCUACGGAAGCCGAUAUUCAAAUACUUUAGUAUAAACACUGCUUGUGUGUGCGUGUGAGGUGUGAUAAAUAAAUAUUUGAAAGUA